GAGAAAAAAAUUCAGGAUGUCUGUGCUAUUCUUCUUGCUUCUCCUUCUCCAAAUAUUCGUACUGCUGCCAAGGAGCAUAAUGUUUUGUAUCACACACUUCGAUGGCGCUAUCUUGGUCUCACUCAGCCCUGCUACAAAGCUCAUGGACACCAACAGCUCUUGUCCCCUGCAUCGGAAUCUGUGCUUGUCGACUGGAUCAAGCACCUUAGCUCCAUGGGGCAUCCCCUCAGCAAACGGACAAUCCGGAUCAAAGCUGCAGUGCUUUCCGGAAAAAAGCCACAUGAAAAGUGGAUCAGGGGCUUUCUCGCCUGGCAUCCUGACAUCACUCUGGGAAAGCCGUCCACAUUGGAUCCAAAUCGUUGCCAGAGUUGCAAC